CGCGGCGCUAAGUUACGAAGUUGGGCGGAAAUGGCGAAACAUCGACAAAAUGAAUAAUACACGGCAUAAUUUAAGCGUUCCAAGCGUCUUGUCCUUUUCGGAUGAUACCGUGAAGUUCGAGAAGAGUGUUACAGAGUACGAUUGCACAAGGGCUUACGUGCCCACUCCGGAAGUACAGAAUGAAUUGAAAAGAAUCUCCGGCAAACUCGAUGAUUGCUUGUAUGAUGACUACAGACGGGAGAUCGACACUCUCAAGCCUAAUGUAGAAAUUGACAAGGAACUUGCAGCAUUGAUGACAGCCGAGGAGGAUGUCAAACAGUCCAGACGAAAUCUAAGAAGGAGGGCACAGAAAAUUUGUCCUGCAACUGGUCCCACUAAGGAAGAAGAAUGUGAAUUAAAAGAAUUGAACAAAAACUCUAUUAGGGAAAUGUACGAAUUGGAGGAUUUUAAGCGAGAUUUCAAAACAAAGCCUUUCGUUGCUACCGAGAUGGUGGAUAUGAGUUUAGAAAGGAUUGAAGACAACAUUCGAAAGAGACAGCUUGCUCUUCAGACUCUCCGAAGAGAGAUCUAUGAGGCUUCCGUACUCCGAGUAACGGGGUAUUAUAUGAAAGACAAAGUGUCGAAAAAGACGUCUACACAGAAUUUGGUCAAGUCGUCCAAGCAUGCCUCCAAGAUUGCUUUACAAAAGUACAAACAUGCAUUCGAAAAUGCUUUGGAAAAUUCCAAGAAUGCACUCGAAACUGCCAUGGGAAAAUCCAAGCAUACAUCCAAAACUGCAAGGGAAAAGGUCAAAAAUUCCUCCGAGCAUACAUCUAGGGUCUACAGUGAACGUCACGCAGAAGAAGACGGUUCUUACGCCAAGGUAAAGGAGAUAUACCGAGCCGAGAGGCAGCGAUUUAAGAACAAUCUCGAAAUGUUUAAUGGACGGCUGCAAGAAUUUCUGGACUCUCAUCAAAACAUUCAAACGGUCGAGAGAGUCUCUGGCAAUACAAUGAGGAAACGUUAUUCCGGUGUCAAAAAGGUCAAACUCGAUAUCAAAACGGUCAAACCCGACAUCAAAACAGCCAAACCUGAUGUUAAAAGGGUCAGAUGCAAUCUCAACACUGUCGAAUCCGAUUACAAGACGGCCAAAUCCGUUGUCGAAACUGAUAAGCCCAUUGAGAAAACAGUGAAGAAAAAGAGACCAAAAGAGUCUCGUCAGGAACGAAGACGACGAGAGUUUAGCGAGAAGAGUGGGCUUGUCUCCCAGCAUGAUUCUCAGGUGGAGGGUAAACCUCCGACUGGCAAGAAAGAAAGGCGGAGGAAGAGGAAGUCCCGUUCUACCAAAGAGGAGAAUCAAACUUCCUGUGACCAUGAACGGCCAAUGAGUCUGGGCGGAAGUGACGUAGAGGUUACAAAGGAACCUGUGAUACUGCCCCUGCCUACACUUGACCCUAUGCCUGUGUAUUAUGACAAUUUCCAAGCAAGCUGUGCACUGACUCAUCUAUUUUCCAGCAGAGAUGAUUUUGAUGAGGACUUUGAAUCGGAUUAUGUGAUUCUCCUUACGAAAGUGAGCGAACGGUUUACACCGGAAAGCAGCGGAAAGUCUACAGCCGUCUGAGCAAACAUACCACCGGACGGAAAGAGCGCCGCUAACUAUAUAUCAGGAGUUCAACAGUUCAGGAAUCCUUCAACUAGUAAAACAAAGAACAUUUCAUUGGAAAUUUGUUUUCAGAAUGUUUACACUGGGAAAAAAAUGGCAUUUCGAAAUUCAAAAUUUAGAUUUAAAUUUGAAGCAUAUCUUUAUUUUACACGAGUCAUAUAUUUCGGAAUUCAAAAGAUUAUCGUAAAGGUUAGAUUUUAAAAUUUAAGUAGACAUAAAUCUUUUUUUAUAUCUUUAAGUUAUUGUAUACUAGUACAUCUCUUUUUAACAAUGUGCCUCGAAAGCUCACUAUCAGUCAGUAUAUUGAUAUUUCUGUCUUGGAAGAAUUUCUCUUUGGUGAUUAUUGAGGCGAACGUUUUUAAGAAAACAGUAUCGGUGAAGAUUUUUACCAACUUUAUUAUAUGACUUUAAGAAUUUUUCAUUUUGUAAGUUUCUUUUACAAAUUUACAAUUGUUAUAUGAAUUUUUAAAGUAUUAGAUAUCUGUUGAUAUUUGGAGUAAUAUUUGGUUGUUAACAGAUAGUACAUGGCGUGUACAAUCUAUUUACCUUUAUGAUAUACAUACAGGCCUGUAAUUAUGCAGAAGUCUAAUUCACAUUUACAAUUGUUAUAUAAUAUUUUAAAGCAUUUUAAUUGUGUUUUAUUGAUAGUAACAUUUAUUGGUCAACAAGUAUUACAUAUAUUUUACAUUUUGUACAUAAACUGUUUUCAUUUUCCGUCCAGGGCCAUUUACGAAGUUAACAAAUUCAUUUCAAUACAGGACACUAUGUAUUUUGAUGUUGAUAAAUAUUUAAACAAACGUAUAAAUAAUGAUGAUGGAAGACAGAAUAUGAUACUUUUUAUAUAAUUGAAUUAUUCUUGGCCGGUAAAUAGUCUAUUUGAAAUUUGCGAUCUUUUGUGAUGUCAUGUAUAAUUCCGUAUAGAAAAUGCAAAAUUGUUGGUCUAAAUUAUGUCAUUCAAAAAUACUUUCGGCAAUUCAUUUUAUUAUUUUUAAUCUGAUUUCCAUGAUGAGACAGAUUCGAUUGGGGGUCAGAUUAAUUUAAAGUUCAUAACUUUAAAUAUCAUACAAAUUUCAGUCUGUAGGACCUAGAAGACAGAUUCUAUGGGAAUGCAGACCGUGGGCUUUUUUGGAACCGUUAUUAAAAUUAGAUAGACCAUUUCUAAACUGAAAGAAGGACUCUUAAGGAUAAAGGUAAUUGUAGUUUAGAAAAGGAGAGUCCGGAUUUUUAGUUUCUAAAUUUAGGUUUAAAUUUAUAUUCAUUAACUUAUUCGAUGUAUACAAUUUUGCAUAAUUCUACCACGAAGAUUCAGUAAAUAAUGACGGUGUUUAUUUUACAACUACAUGUACAUGAUAACCUACAUUUAUUGUUUUAUUAUACAAUGUGUUAUUUUCGGUCUGGUUUUCUGAUAAGCGUUAGGCAAGAAUAUAUGAACCAGAAAAUGAUUUUUUUUAGUCUACAAUAACACUGACUGUAAGUUAUUAUUUUUAGAUAAGUAUUGUGUAAGAUCAUUUAUACUAGGAACAUGACGGUAUACAC